CAGCUUCACUCGCAUCCUCAGUCCAGAAGACGGCGCUCGCACCGCCGGACCCUACUCGUCCCCGUAUCUCUGACUCUGUCUCUCUCGCUGUCUCUCUCUCCCUCGUCGCAGUGCUACCGUCUCUUUCUCGAGCGCGUUUACGUUUGCGGCCGUGCAUCGUUCGUUCGUCGAGUCGAGAGCAUCGCCGAGGGCCACCAACAUGAAGACCUCGCGCGUAAAGAAGAAGAAGCUACCGCCUGACUGCGUGCUCGACGCGAUACUAUAGUGUAGUCUGCACACGUUCACUGACACACGGACACAGUCACGCGCGUAUGUCCUCGCACACACUCGCACGCGUUGUUCACGGAGAUUCGCACGAGUCGCCAGCUCGUAUACGCCUAUAUAGCUGUCUAUAGACGCACUGACACAGUGAACGACUCUUGGAGCGCGGAGAACGUUAUAUAUAAUAACGGCCCCUAUAGCCGCGGCUGCGAUUGUGUAAGCCAGCUGCACGAGUAUAACGCACGAGGCAAGUUCGCGGACCGAUCGACGCUGCACGAGCUUGGCAAUCACGACCACGACGACCACUAAGACGGCUCCGAGACAGUUUCGAGGCCUGGCGCAGCUGCAGCUCGCUCACGACUCUUCGAGUGGAGAUCGCUCUACCGGCCAGCCUGCAGCAGCUCAUCGCCCUAGCCGAGCUGCAGACAGUGAAAUUAGCCGCUGCCGCCAUGCCUGUUUUCUACGCGAGAAUCUGGCAUUCGACAGCCUAGGACCACAACUAACUCCAGGCUUUCGCAAUGAGGCCUGGAGCACUACCGCUGAUAGCGUUACUGGCACUACUACAACUACUGCUACAUCCAGCAAGAUGUGCGCAACAAGGAAAGAAAAUGAAUUUCCGGGAGAAGGAGAAGCAAGUGCUAGACGAUAUCCUCGGCCCAAGCAGCUACGACGCCCGCAUAAGACCGAGCGGCGAAAACGGAACAGAUGGGCCGGCCAUUGUCCGGGUAAACCUGUUUGUCCGAAGCAUUGCCACAAUAAGUGACAUCAAGAUGGAAUAUUCUGUACAGUUGACAUUCAGAGAACAAUGGAUUGACGAGAGACUCAAAUUCGACGACGUCGGUGGGAAACUAAAAUAUCUCACUCUCACCGAUGCCAGUCGAGUCUGGAUGCCCGAUCUGUUUUUUGCCAACGAAAAGGAGGGCCAUUUUCACAACAUCAUCAUGCCCAACGUUUAUAUUAGAAUAUUUCCAGACGGAUCGGUUCUCUACAGUAUACGAAUUUCACUCACCUUAUCGUGUCCAAUGAAUCUCAAACUCUAUCCACUCGAUCGUCAAAUAUGUUCUCUGAGAAUGGCCAGCUACGGAUGGACAACGGCCGAUCUAGUGUUCCUUUGGAAAGAAGGCGAUCCAGUUCAAGUGGUUAAGAAUCUACACCUACCUAGAUUUACGCUUGAAAAAUUCUUAACCGACUACUGCAACAGUAAGACCAACACCGGCGAGUACAGCUGUCUGAAGGUGGAUCUGCUCUUCAAAAGAGAAUUUUCGUACUAUCUCAUCCAGAUUUACAUACCCUGCUGUAUGUUAGUCAUCGUCUCUUGGGUAUCCUUCUGGCUGGAUCAAAGCGCCGUACCUGCUCGGGUGUCCUUAGGAGUAACCACUCUGCUGACAAUGGCCACUCAAACGUCGGGCAUAAAUGCCUCGCUACCACCGGUCAGUUACACCAAAGCCAUCGACGUCUGGACGGGCGUCUGUCUGACCUUCGUGUUCGGGGCCCUUCUCGAAUUCGCCCUGGUCAAUUACGCCUCGCGCAGCGACAUACAUCGCGAGAACAUGAAGAAGAAGUAUGCCGAGAUGGAGCAUUCGACGUCCGUCGACCCAAACGCCGAGCCCUACGAUCCAGACGCUGCAGCCAAUUUUGCCAUGGUCGUGGCUGUCCAAGUUCCCGACGAGAUCCAAGCGCAUCGACGUCAUCGCGCGGAUAAUAUUCCCCCUCGUGUUCGCCCUGUUCAAUCUCGCGUACUGGUCAACGUACCUAUUUCGGGAGGAAGCGGAUGGCGAGUAAGCCUCGACGGGGAGGCGCUCGGAUCGUCAAGGGACGCAUCGCAAGUGGCACGCGGCCACCCCCUCUAUUACUCACAGCCCCGACCGGCCAGCAGCAGCAGUCAGCACCAGCAGCAGCACCAGCAGCAGCAGCAACAGCAGCAGGGCUCGUCUUCGCGCUCGGCAUCGGCACACGGUAGCAGGUCGGCCUCGCCCGCGGCCCCCGGCACCGGCAGUGCUCACGGUAGCGCCCACGGUAGCGCCCACGGUAGCGCCCACGGCAGCCUGACGCGCACCCCACCGCGCCACAGGCACCACCACGGACAUCGGCACCACCACCACCACCACCAUCACCACCAUCACAGCCACCAGCAGCUCCAGCGGCAGUCGCCGUCGCCGUCGCCGUCGCCGCCUCAUUCGCGCUGUUCGCAGGCAUCCUCGUACCAGCAGAGGCUGCGCUCGGGCUCGCCGUCCUCGUCCUCGAUGACCGAGAGCGAGGGUCGGGAGGCUCUGCGCUCGCGCUCGAGAUCGCGCAGUCCGGCCAGCAGCAGCAGUCAGCAGCAGCAGCAACAGCAGCACCAGAUGGCGAUGAGCGCCCUCGGCGUGGCCGGCACCAGGCGUCGAUCGACCCCCUCGCCUGGACACGUGAUCGACAUGGCCCAGCGACACCACCAGGCGGCCGCCGAGCUCCUCAAGGCCGACGAGCUCCAAGCCACGCUCAAGGCCAAGGCCGCCUACGAGGAGCGCUGCUGCUGGGGCUUCAUUCCCAAGAGGUGGUUCACCAGUCAGGCCCAGGGCAGCGCCAAGAUCGACGUGUUCGCCAGGUUCGCCUUUCCUCUCGCGUUCGUGGGGUUCAACAUAGCCUACUGGUCGACCUACAUGUCGCGCGGAGACGACAACGUCGGGCACAACUGAUAACGAUGCGCUCCUCCUCCUCGGCCUCUUUUCACCUACAUACUCCUCGCUGCAGCGCAUCUUGACUGCGCCGCUUCUCGACGUACUAUUUGCAUCUCGCUCACCGCUGCUCCUUUUUCGCGAUCGCUGACAACGUGACCCCGAGCGGGCCCCGCCGGGGGCUCGUUCUACGAUAUCCAUUUAGGCAUCUCUGUAUAAUACGUACAUACGGCUCGCGAUGAGCAUUUUUUAUAUCAUUCGUAAUGCAUGAUCAUAGCCACGCGUACGCAUGGAUCCUUCGUAUGCACGCGACAUCGUCUUUUUUACGUGACUCGACUGCAACGACCGCAGCCAUUACAACAACUGACCGAGACGCGCUGAUGAUGCACGUAAAUCACUCACUCGCGAUAAUUUUUCGAUAUUUUUAUACGUUUACUAUGAUAAUCUUCGAUACUUGCUCGAUAUUCAUUGACGCACGGACGACUUGGUACGCCAACCCAGUCAUGCACACGCCAUACGCACCCACGCGCCAACCUUUAACUCUUUGCACACACGCUUCGAUCGAGCUUCCAUUUCAACGAACGAAAUAAACUAACUUUUACACGCGUUCUUCUUGAGAUUAAAUCAAAAGCGAUCUACGUUUUAUUAAGUAAUAUGAGCAAUUCCAGGCGAGAUAAUCCAGUGAAAUAGUACGUCGAUAAUCAGCAAAAAUAUCGCUUCCAUCGCGUUUGUUUGCUAUUCCGAGACUUCGAUAAAAAAAAAAUCAACUACGGCAAAAAGGUCGACGCUUUAUAUACUGAACGGAUUUUCGGAAUAUAUUGUACUACGACCGAUUUACCGACUCGGAUAUCAAGCGUAACGCAUAUAUUGCGCGGCCGUAAAAAAUAUCAAGUGUGAGUAUAGAUGUGUAUGAGAGUGUCACAUUUUAUCGAAUAAGCAUAUAAAUAUUAUAAAUAUAAAUGUAUACAUGUCGCACACUUUUGCGCGCACGCGAUAUCGUGCGAUUAUUAUAUAUAUGUAUAAGUAUGAUAUGAUGUCGUAUAAAACGAGUACGUGUAAAAGAGGAUGUGAUGAAUUGCGAGUGAAUGUGUGACAUUUUUCCCGAAGAGGCCGAGAGUGAGACGAACAAACAAACUUCCAUCGGGCAUACGUACGUACAUGACUCGUGAUAAGUCAUGCGUGUGAGCCUAUAAAAAAGCGCAUCGUUUAAAAAUAUGUGAAAAAUAAUAUUAUAAUUAAGAAUAAUAGAUUGUACAUCGGGGAGACCGCGCGCCACCUUAAAUAUACUAUAGUUAAAUACAAAGAAGACUAUAAUAUAGCGGGCCUUGUAUAGCCACGGCCUAUCUCCAAAAAAUACAAAAUGACAAAUCGACGAAAGGAAAAACAAAUAAAAUGAAGAAAUAAACAAUGACUUUCAAAUAAU